AUGGCAGGAGCAUUGCCGCCUCUCAGUCCCACAGACAGAGACACUUACGCCAGAAUGGGUACAACUAUGGAGUGGUUCCAUAACAACUUCAGAAAUACUUGGAAGGUGCUCUACGGGGCUUGUUCAAGCGGGAAACGCCCUGCGAAUAUGAGCAUAAGACAAUUCCUGAACACCGGCUCAGAGUUCGCUCAUCAUCUCACCAUGCAUCAUACCAUUGAGGAGCAGCACAUCUUUCCCGUACUUGCGCAGAAAAUGCCAGCAUUCAAGAAGGAGUUGGAACUCCUUACUCAGCACAAGCAGAUACACAAUGGCCUCGAUAAGUUUGAAGCAUACAUUGACGAUUGCAAAGCUGGGAAACGUGAUAUGCGAAUGAACGAGCUCAAAGAAAUCAUGGAUUCGUUCGGCACGGUUCUCUGGGCCCAUCUGCAAGACGAAGUUGACCAGCUCUCCGUUGAUAAUAUGAGGAAAUAUUGGUCUUUGGACGAAGCCAAGCGAUUCCGCAAUAUGUGGCGGAAGAACGGGGUUGGCAGACUAAGAGAAGACAUCGUAAGGGAUCAUAACCAGGAUCGAGUUACGCUGGAACGAGAAUGGGAAACUUACAACGAGCACGUGAGGAGCAUGACGGCGGAUCCGGAGAAACGGUCGGCAGAUAUGGAGGAGGAAAAGUCAACUCUCCAGAGAGCUCUGCAAACUCCUCGAGCGCUUGAGAGAGACGUAGAAGAGAUGAAGCUCGCUAAGAUGGCGUUGAAUAUAGAGAGAGAUGCGAACGCGAAGAACAUCGUCUCUCAAUUCCGCAUCGAGCGCAAUCAGAUGGUGGAAUUGCAGGCGAAGUUGGACACCAAGACCGCGGAGCUCCUACAGGAAGGCAAAGAAGCUACCGGAAAGAACAGUCCUGACGUAUCGCACGGUGACCUAUACGCCAUCCUCUCCCAUCACCGGCGCUCACAAGAACCGCAGGAGCUUGCAUCAGUCGUUGAAGAGGGGGCAGAGGAUGAUGGCGAAGAUCUUGCCGGGAUGCUCAAGAGGUUACUGACAAGCCAUGCACGAGCGGUCACCGAGGCGAGAAUCGCAAAAGACCGCCAGAGGGUUCUUCAGCAAGCGAACAAAACCAUAGCCAGCGGCUCGCUAAUGCGGAGGCACAGAACUCAAUUGACCGAGUAG